GUAACGCAGUUAAUGUUAGCACAAAUCCAAUAUGGCGCCGCAGAAGGGCACUCUGCUGUCAACAACAGAUUUUCCGCUGUAUGCGGUACGGUCACUUGGAGAUCGACACUUUCUUGUAGCAGGCGGGGGCGGUCAGGCUAAAACAGGCGUUCCCAAUGCUGUUGAAAUUUAUGAGCUGAAGUUGUCUGAUAACAAAAUUUUGUCAGCAAGUCUGUGUCGUCAUGAUACUGGGAUCCAGGCGGUGAUGAACUGUGAUACCUUUUAUGAUGGACGAAACCAUUACCUUGCAACUGGACAGGAUGAUGAAUGCCACACAUACUCACUCAAAUACAAAGUUGUUUCUCCAGAAAAGCAAUCAGAGUCCAAGGAUGCCAAGGUUCGAAAAAGAAAAGGAGAAAGUGAAAAUUCCUCAAAGGAGAAAUGCAACAAUACCAAACAUAUCACUUUUGACAUUGAACCAAUCAAACAUGUUACAACAGACUUUGCUAAAGAUGGCAGUUUUCAAAAGGUGGUCCGAUUUGGUGCUGACAAUUCUAUUCUGGCAACAGGAGGAGCUGAUGGUUUUGUCAGAGUAUGGCAGUAUCCAGACAUGAAAAAGAUCUAUGAAGUGAAAGCUCAUAACAGUGACAUCGAUGACCUUGAUGUCAGUCCAUGUGGACAAAAUAUAGUGACCGUAUCCAGGGACAACACAGGUUCUGUAUGGAAAGCCAAAGAAGGAAAGAAAGUGUCUGAUUUGGUGUUUAAGAAAAGACCGUCAGAACAGUAUAGGUUUAGAUGUUGUAGAUAUGGGAAUAUUGAAGGCAAAAAAGGCAAAUUCAACUUGUACACUCUGAGCAUACCAAGCAAACGAUCUUCCAAACCCUCACCAUGCUACAUGACAUUGUGGGACCCCAGCACCUUUAAACCCAAGAAACAUGCCAGCACAGGAACCGAGGUUUUAUCAUCAUUAGCAGUCAGUGAUGAUGGAAUCUACCUUGGUGUUGGAACAAUAUCUGGAAGUGUGUCUGUUUAUGUAUCUUUCAGUUUACAGAGGUUGUACCAUGUGAAGGAGGCUCACAGCAUAUUUGUAACAGGGGUGGAGUUCAUGCCCAGCUCUGAAGGGGCCCGUGCUGUGACAGGGGGCCAAGAUUUCACACUGCUCAGCAUUUCCGCAGAUAACACUAUCAAGAUACACCAAGUUGCCCCAAGAGGCUCCUACAGUGCAGCCUGGCUCAUUGCUGGAACUCUUGCCAUCAUCUAUGUCAUCUUCUGGCUCAUGUCCUCUUUUGGCAUUUGAUCUGCUCCAUUCCCACCUGCUGUGAAGGAGGGCUUGUUUGACUUCAUUCUGGCUGUGAAACGUGUAAAUGGGGAAAUAUCCAACCGACUAUCAACCUUCAUGGCAACCUACAGAAAGAAUUGGCAAUAUACCUCAGUUGAUGGUCUUUUCUCACAAUCUAUUUUUAUGACUGAUGUGUACCAUGGAAAGGAAAUUAAAACAGUUACCACAUAUGCUAAAGGCAACAAAUGAAUCCGGAGGUCACAUCCAGUGACUUUGUUGCUUGUGUGUUAUUGUAUCCUGGUGCAUUGCUCAUAAUAUCAGUCCCUGGUUUCUCUGGUCCAGAUGUGAUCAUUUACCAGCCAACAUAGCUGAAAAAUUGCUAAGUAAACAAACUAUCUCCUGAUCUGAUUCAAUUAUGGUUUCUGAGACGCAUAAAGAUCCAGGUCAGUAUAGGUCUUCAGCAACCAAUGCAUGCUGAAAGAGGCAACUAUGCUUGUUGUAAGAGGCGACUAAUGGAAGUGGGUGGUCAGGUCAGCUGACUUGGUUGAUGAAUGUCAUCG